GGAGUGCAAGAAAAAUUUAAAUUAAUAUAUCUAUUAAAAUAAAGUUACAAUCAAAGUAAAAAUAAAAUGGAUAAUUUUUUUUUGUCACACAAAUCGGUGACAAAUAAUAAAAAAUUGUUUUAUGUAUUAAAUAAUAUGGUGUGCAAUAAAAUUUCAUCAACGAAAAGAUAGUGUUAUUUGAUAGAUAAUAUGUGACAUUCAAUGAAAUCAUGUCACAGCAACGUUAUUAUAAUAUUAAAAAUGAAAAAAGCUUUAAAUGCAAUAUUGGCCUAAAAGUAAGAACGUGGUAUUUAGGUAUUCUAGGAUUUCUUAUUGCCUCAUUAAUAAUAAUUAAUAAUUUUAUUACUAAUCAACUUAAUAAUAAUAACAUUGAUCAUUUUUCAAAUAUUUCAAUACAAGAUACUUUUGUAGAAAGAGAACAACGAAAAUUUAGUGUAGUAACAAAUAAUGUAUCGGGUUUCAUUGUUCAUAAACAAGGAUGUCGGAUAGCGGCACUCGAUCCACUGAAUGAAUUCGCAAAACAGUUUAUGGAAAAUGUAAAUUUACUGGAGUGCGAAUUUGGAAAACAAUUACCACUUGUGGAAUCUAAUGAUACGGCUUUAUUUAUAAAUUCAAAUGCUCAUGAACAGUAUUAUAAUAAAACAGAUGUUGUCGACUGUUGUUGGAGAGUUUUUGAACGAAAAAAAAAUCAAGAUAAUUUUGUUAAAUACGAUCCAGUAUGCCAUAAAUUUAAGAGCUCUACAAAUAUAACAUCAGAAUUUGUAAAAGUCGAAUGUUUUAAAAAUAACAAACAAAUAUACCGUGAUUAUCAUUUUUUUGUGCCACGAAAACCAUUAGUAGAAGAAAGAUGUCAUAUUGCCGAAAAGAAGCAAAAAGAAAAAGAAAAAGAAAACAAUACAUCUACAGAUGAUAAUAAUAAUGACAAUCAUCUGAGUAUUCUUAUUCUUGGAUUAGAUUCCGUCUCACGAAUGAAUUUUCAUCGUAUGAUGCCAAAAACUGUAAAAACACUAAAAUCAAUGGGUGCUAUUGAAAUGAUGGGUUAUAACAAAGUUGGUGAUAAUACAUAUCCAAAUCUCGUUCCAGUUUUGAGUGGAUUAUCAGAAAAAGAAUUCAGAUUAAACUGUUGGAAUAAUACAAAAUUACCAUUUGAUAAAUGUCCAUUAAUGUGGAAAAAUUUUAGUGAGGCAGGUUACCGUACAAUAUUUGCUGAAGACGCAUGUGCAAUGACAACAUUUAAUUAUCUUAAACCAGGAUUUCGUAAUCAACCCACAGAUUAUUAUUUUCGACCUUAUUGUGUGGCAGCUGAAAACGAUAUAGGGAAUACGCACAAAUUAAAUGCCGACUUAUGUGUCGGUACACGUAAAACAUUUGAUAAUCUAUUAAAUUAUACUAAAAAAAUAGUUAAAGAAUUUAAUGAUGAUCAAUAUUUUGCGUUUUUUUGGGAAGCUAGUUUAACUCAUGAUUUUUUUAAUUAUCCUCAAUUAGGUGAUAUUUCUUACAGCGAAACAAUAAGUGAUUUAAAUAAUAAAGGUUAUUUAAAUAAUACGGUACUAAUUGUGAUGAGUGAUCAUGGUAUGCGAUGGGGUGAAUUUAGACAGACUUAUCAAGGAAGAAUAGAAGGUAGUCUUCCUUUAAUGUUUAUUGUUUUACCUGAAUGGUGGAAACUAAAAUUUUCACUGGCGUUCAAAAAUUUACAAUACAAUACUGCCAGUUUGACUACUCCGUAUGAUUUUCAUGAAACACUUGUGGAUUUUUUAUAUCCUGAAAACAUAAAUGAUGAUAUUAUUCGUAAUCGCAAUAAAUAUAUUGAUAAUAAUAAAUUAUUACCGCGUGGUAUUAGUUGGUUUUUACCAAUACCUGAGGAACGUAAUUGCUCAACAGCUGGAAUACCUGGUCAUUGGUGCAUGUGUCAUAAAAGUAAUAAUAUUUCGCAUGAUGAUUCAGCGAUAAAGAAUGCAACUGAUUUUAUGAUUAAUGAAUUAAAUAUAAUGAUUAAAAAAUAUCCACAGUGUUUAUUUUUGAGAUUAAACAAAGUAAUUGAUGCUAAAGUUUGGAGUGGACAUGAUGGUGAAGAUAAAGAUAAAGAUGAAGAAAAACCGAUACCAUGGAUUGAUUAUACAAUUACUGUCGAAACUUCACCGGGUAAUGCAAUAUUUGAAGCAUCGAUAAGACAUGAUAAUAAUACGGGUAAUAGUACUUUAGUUGGUUCUAUUGGUAGAUUAAAUUCAUACGGUAAACAAAGUGCUUGUGUUGAUGAUUUUACCAUGCGAUUAUACUGUUACUGCAGUUAAAAGAUUUAAUUAACUUUAUACGUUCAUCUUAAUUAAAUGCUUGCAAGAUAUAAAUAUAUUUUAUAGUAUCGUUGUUAUUAUUAUACUCAAUAAAUUGUUUAUUAAAGUUAAUAUUCAAUCAACUAUUUGUUUCUUUGAUUUAAUUUAAUUAUUAAAUGUAGCUUUUUUUAUUACUUUUAUUACCAUGUAAUUACGAUCUAAUUACCCUAUUUACCCUAGCGGAUUCGAAUUAUGGUAAAUUACCGUAUUUUACUCUAAAACGCCCCUCGCAGAUUUGAAUCACGGUGGAAACACAGUGGGUUUGUUCCAUUUUACCACUGUGAUUACGCGGUGUAUCCACCAUGAUUCCACGGUGGCAUUACCACCGUGUAUACACGGUGUUUUCACUGCGAUCACGCGGUGGAUACAGCGUGGAACCACGGUGUUUUCACUGUGACCACGCGGUGGAUACAGCGUGGAACCACGGUGGUGAAAUAGCACAAAGCCACCGUGGAAUCACGGUGGAUACACCGCGUUAUCACAGUGGAAACACCGUGUAUACACAGUGGUCAAGCCACCGUGGAAUCACGGUGGAUACACUGCGUAAUCACAGUGGAUACACUGUGUAUAUCCGGUGGUGAAAUGGAACAAACCCACCGUGGAUCCACGGUGUUUACACUUCCACGGUGUUUCCACCGUGAUUCGAAUCUGCGAGGCGCCAUAUUUGGCGGUAAUUAGCGGCAAUUCGUCUGAAUAUCGUAAAUUACGGUAAAUUGUGGUAAUUUUCCAUAAUUCGGAUCUGCUAGGGUAUUUUGUAUAUUUAUGUGUUUUGUUUUAUAUAAUAAUUGUAUACAGUAAAAAAUUCGAUAUUGUAUUAUUUGAUAAAUUUUAUUGUAAAACAAACACAAAAUUUAUGUUAAAAUACUGUAGACUGUUAAGAAAUAAUUAUUGGAAAAUUAUAAGUGGAAAAAUGACAGUUCAAAUGUAAGUUUAACAUGAAGUUUGUGUGGAUUCGUUGAAGUAACAGAAGAAAAACGUUGAACUUAAAUCAGUCAUUUGUGUUAAUCUCGACGCAAAAUUUUUUACUGUGUACAUUAAGUUAAAUUUAAAAAUUGAUUAAUUUUAUUUAUAAUACACUCAAACUAUGUAAUAACGAAUAUUUUAAGCGCUAGUUACAAUUUAUUGAAUUUUGAAUCGGUGCUAUUUCCAAAAUAAAUUUAAUUAUUCUAAUGCAAAUAUUUUAAAGUCAUGAUUAAUUUAAAUAUUCAGUCUGUUAUAAGUAUAACAAUUUGUCCAAAUCGCAUGUUAAUGCGUCGCCAUUAAUUGUUAAGUACUUUGUUUUAAUAUUUUUACCUUCCGAAAAAUGUUAAAUUGUAAAAUAAAUAAAAUCACCGUAAUUUUUUCUACUG